GAUUGAAGGCUGCUCUUCAGUGUGCCUUCUUCUGCUUGGGCGCUGAAACUGCUAGCAGCAGAGUUGCAGAGCAGCACAGCUCACGUAGUCAAACCCCAGUCAAGCACCCUCCUUUCUACUUCACUCAGUUAUGUAUAAAUAUGCAAUUGCAGCAACAGUUGGUGCUCUGGGUUGGGCUUAUCUGGCACUAAUAAAGCCCCCCUCUCCAAAAGUUUGUGGCUCACCAGGUGGUCCUCCUGUGAUUUCGCCAAGGGUCAAACUCAGUGAUGGGAGACAUCUGGCUUACAGAGAGAGAGGCGUGCCCAAAGAAACGGCCAGAUACAAGAUCAUCAUUGUCCAUGGCUUUGAUAACUCUAAAGAUUUGGAGUUGCCUCUCUCUCAAGACCUCAUUGAAGAGCUCCAAAUAUAUCUCUUGUCAUAUGAUCGGGCAGGAUACGGAGAGAGCGAUCCAUAUCCAAGGCGGAGCGUAAAGAGCGAAGCAUUUGAUAUUCAGGAACUGGCUGACAAGUUGCAAGUAGGACCUAAGUUUUACGUGAUUGGCAUGUCGAUGGGAGCAUAUAUCAUUUACAGUUGCCUAAAGUACAUACCACACAGGUUGGCUGGAGCUUCACUUGUAGUUCCGUUUGUCCACUACUGGUGGCCUCAUUUUCCCGCUAAAAUAUCAAAAGAAGCCCUGCAGAAACAACUCAUACAAGACCAAUGGACAUUCAAAAUGGCGCAUUAUGCUCCAUGGCUGUUCUAUUGGUGGAUGACUCAAAAAUGGUUUCCUUCUUUAAGUGCUCUGCAAGGGAACAUGGCUAUUUUCUGCCCCCAAGAUCUGGAAACCAUAAAGCAGCUAAUGGAAGGCCCCCCUAAUGACAAUCAGGAAAGACUAAGGCAACAGGGUGUUUAUGAAUCACUAUACCGAGACAUAAUGGUUGGUUAUGCAAAAUGGGAAUUCAGUCCAUUGGAUUUAAUCAAUCCAUUUCCCAACAAUGAGGGCUCUGUCCACAUUUGGCAAGGUCAGGAAGAUAAAAUCAUCCCGGCUGUAGCGAAUCGCUAUAUAUCCGAGCAACUCCCCUGGAUUCAGUACCACGAGGUUCCAGACGGAGGGCAUUUGAUUAUUUUCAACGCGAGUGUAUGCGAAACCAUCUUCAGGAAAUUAGUAGGUGCAUGAGAUGGGUGUAUAGCUGACAUGUGAGGAAUACAAAGUUGAAAAUAAAGACCCCAGUGGGGAUUGAGGAUGAAAAGAUUGACCUCAGUUGUAAAAGCUAUGUACUCUGUUUACAAGUAUUGUUAUCUAAUGUUAAUGCUGGUAUUGGUGAAUACAUUAAAAUGAACAAGUUCAUGUAAUGGAAGGGCUGUUUCUGUAAUAAGGGUGCUUUUGUUUUCUGGUUCA